GAACACGUCAGAAAGACUUCUAGCAGCUGCUGAUAGAGGGGGAGCAAAAAGUUAAGGAAAAGUCCUUUUUCUUGCAUUGGUGACGCGGACUGAAACAAGCUCCGUGCCUCCGUUGCAUUACCACUUUGUAUUCUUCCACGAUGUUGCUUCGGUUUCUAGUUUUAGGGGCUUUCAUUAGCAGAAUAGCGUGUUACUUUUCGGAAGAAAAAUUUCCCGAGGAGUCUACUAUGCAGCCGCCGACAGUUGUAAUAGCCAUUAUUGCUCGCAACGCUGCGCAUUCCUUGCCUUACUAUCUUGGUGCUUUGGAGAGAUUGAACUAUCCUAAAGACCGCAUAUCAGUCUGGGCAGCGACUGACCACAACUCAGACAACACCACGGCGCUGCUGAGAGAAUGGCUCACGGUGGUGCAGAAGUUCUACCACUAUGUAGAGUGGAGGCCCAUGGACCAGCCCACGGCCUAUGCAGGAGAGCUGGGUCCUAAGCACUGGACCAACACCAGAUACGAGUACCUCAUGAAGCUGAAACAAGCAGCUCUGAACUUCGCCAGAAAACGCUGGGCAGACUACAUACUGUAUGCUGACACAGACAACAUCCUGACCAACCCAGACACCCUCAACCUGCUGAUCGCUGAGAACAAGUCAGUCAUCGCCCCCAUGCUGGAUUCCCAGGGAGCAUACUCCAACUACUGGUGUGGCAUCACCCCUCAGGGUUACUACCGGCGCACAGCCGAGUACUUCCCCACACGUCAGCGCCACCGUCUGGGAUGCUACGCAGUUCCCAUGGUCCACUCCACCUUCCUGCUGGACCUGAGGAGGGAGGGAAUGAAGCAGCUGGCGUUCCACCCGCCACACCCCGACUACUCCUGGCCCUUUGAUGACAUCAUCGUCUUCGCCUUCUCCUGCCGUGCGGCCGAGGUGCAGAUGUACCUGUGUAACAAGGUGCGCUACGGUUACCUGAACAUCCCAGCCAAGCCCCACCACACCGUGGAGGACGACCGCAUCAACUUUGUCCAUCUGCAGCUGGAGUCCAUGAUCGAGGGCCCCCCGAUGCACCCCUCCCGCUUCGUCCAUGUCUUCCCCAAGAAGAGGGACCUCAUGGGCUUCGACGAGGUGUUCUUGAUCAACCUGCGUCGCCGCCUCGACCGCCGCGACAGGAUGUUGUUCUCUCUCAACGAGUUGGAGAUCGAUGUCAAAGUGGUGGACGCCGUGGACGGGAAUGCUCUGAACAGCAGUAAUAUUAAGAUCCUAGGUGUGGAUCUGCUGCCUGGAUACUACGAUCCCUUCUCUGGUCGGACACUGACCAAAGGAGAGGUGGGCUGUUUCCUCAGCCACUACUACAUCUGGAAGGAAAUGGUGGACCUGCAGAUGGACAAGGCUCUCAUCCUGGAGGACGAUGUGCGCUUCCAGCCUAACUUUAAGCGGCGGGUGCUGCGUCUGUUGGAGGAGGUGCAGCUGGUGGAGCUGGACUGGGACAUCAUAUACCUGGGCAGGAAGCAGGUGAACCCUGGUAACGAGGAGGUGGUGGAGAAUGUGAGAAACCUGGUAGUGGCCGACUACUCCUAUUGGACGCUGUCCUACGCCAUUUCGCUUCAGGGCGCCCAGAAACUGAUGAAUGCUGAUCCGUUGUCUAAGAUGCUGCCUGUUGACGAGUUCCUGCCCAUCAUGUACGACAAGCACCCCAAUGAAGACUACAAAUCCCACUUCCCCAACCGCAACCUGCAAGCGUUCUCCACACACCCCCUGCUGGUACGGCCUUGCCACUACGCCGGGGACCCCCAGUGGGUGAGCGACACGGAGACCUCCACGCUGUGGGAUGACGACGCCGUCAAGACCGACUGGAGGGGUUCCCACAAGACCCUGAAGGGCGCCCCCCCUACGCAAAUGCUGCAGACAACCUACAGGGACGAACUCUAAACUGGGGUCACCACAGGGUCACAGGGGGUCAAGGUUCAGUGACGGGGAGGCCGUCGGGUAGAGGAGAGUCGGGAGGGUGUUCUGUGUGUGUGAAGGUGUGUGUGUGUCUGCAUG